AGCGCUCUGCGGGCUACGCACGUCCGGGAACCUAGCUCUGGGCUGUUUCUCCGGGCCGGUGGGCUGGUAGGGCAGUCCAUCAGGCAGGGUGACAACCACAGCUAAGGAUAAGAGCCAUUAGAGCCCUGUGACCUCUCCAUCUCCAUCCAGCUAGGGCCAGGGACCACUCUCAGCACCAGCCUCAGCAGCUGACAUCAUAAGGGAGACUUGGGAACCUGCAGAGUACUCUGCAGAGCCUUUCCCCAAGACAUGGAGCUUUGGGGCCGAAUGCUGUGGACACUCCUUUCUGGCCCAGGGAGGAGGGGAGGCACCUGGGGCUGGGCCUUCAGCUCAUGGCAACCCCAUUCGCCUCUGGCUGGGCUGUCAAGUGCCACAGAACUGGUCAGUCACUGGACUGGAGUCUUUGAAAAGAGAGGUAUCCCUGAGGCCCGGGAAUCCAGUGAGUACAUCGUGGCUCAUGUCCUUGGAGCCAAAACAUUUCAGAGCCUGAGGCCAGUACUUAGGACCCAGCCCCUGACCCCGCAGCAACUAAAGUGCAUCCAAGAGCUGAGUAGCCACCGAUUGCAGAGGAUGCCUUUGCAGUACAUCCUUGGGGAGUGGGACUUUCGGGGGCUCAAUCUGAAGAUGGUGCCUCCAGUGUUCAUUCCUCGGCCAGAGACGGAGGAGCUGGUUGAAUGGCUGCUGGAGGAGGUAGCCCAGAGAUCCCAUGCAGUGGGAGCCCAGGGAGGCCCCCUCAUUCUAGAGGUGGGCUGUGGAUCAGGAGCUAUCUCCCUUGGCCUGCUGAGCAAGCUUCCCCAGAGCCGAGUCAUUGCUGUGGAUAAGGAGGCGGCCGCCAUCUCUCUGACAUGUGAGAAUGCUCAGAGGCUUCAGUUGCAGGACAGAAUUUGGAUCGUCCCCCUCGAUGUGACCUUAGAAGGGAGUUGGACACACCUUUUGCCCUGGGGCCCUGUGGACCUGAUCAUCAGCAACCCUCCCUACGUCUUCCACCAGGACAUGGAGCAGCUGGCCCCCGAGAUCCGCAGGCUCUCAGGAGUAGUCAGGGCUAGCUCCAGACCUCCCAGGCCAAGAACAGGAGCAGCCAAGCAGCCUUGCUGUGAGGAGACUCUCAUGCCCUGGAGCUGUCACUACGAAGACCCAGUGGCCCUGGACGGUGGGGAAGAGGGCAUGGACGUCAUUACUCACAUCCUGGCCCUGGCACCCCAGCUCCUGAAGGACUGUGGAAGCAUCUACUUGGAAGUGGAUCCGAGGCACCCAGAGCUUGUCAGCAGCUGGCUUCAGAGCCAUCCUGACCUAUACCUCCAUCUUGUGGCCGUGCGCAGGGACUUCUGUGGGAAGCCCCGGUUCCUGCAUAUCGAGCGAUCUGGGCCAUAGCGUGGCUGUUCUGUCGGCCUGGCCAGGGGCCCAGCCUGCCCGAGGG